AUGGCGAGGACAUGCUGUCCUCAAUACACCAUUCGUCUGUCUGUCCACGACUUCAAGGCGAACAAGAAACAACGUCAAGUAAUCAACCGCUGGAAUCGCUUUAUCUCCAGUGACGAACCCUCCGGAAAGCUUGAGACGAAAGAUGUGAAAGGGAAGAGCAAAGCUCAAGAAGGUCAUUGGUCAGACAUCAUGAGGAAGUACGAAAAUUUGUCAGAGUGGAAUGAUGUGAAACAUCGGUACGAGACGGAGCUGACUCCUGCUGAUGCCACUGCAGAGACAUUCGCUCUGUACAAAAAGUAUCAGAUGAUGGUACACAAUGAUAAAGAGGAAGAAGUCACCAUGAGAGGAUUCAACGGUUUUCUCUGUUCCAGCCCUCUGCUCGAGAGUCCCAUCACUUAUAAAAAUCCAAAAGAUGGCUUGCCGAGAAAUUACGGGUCAUAUCAUCUCUUACAUAGAGUCGACGGUCAAUUGAUCGGUAUAUCUGUUAUCGACAUCCUUCCUGCUUGUGUCUCAUCGGUCUAUUUCAUCUGGGAUCCAGAUUGGGCAUGGGCGUCUCUAGGAAAAUUAUCAGCACUUCGAGAAGCUGCCUUGGCACUGGAGAUGUCUCAAGCCGGAGCAGAGGGCAUGGAAUGGGUGUAUAUGGGUUAUUGGAUUGCCAACUGUCAGAAAAUGAGAUACAAAUCUGAAUACACUCCGUCCUAUCUACUCGAUCCUGGGACAAAUGAGUUUCAUUUGUUGACUGACGAAUUGGACAACUUCCUCGUAUCUCACCCAACCGGAUAUCGACCAUUCGGGGAACUAUCUCAGAAGAAGGACUCUUCAAUCUCGGGAGUCAUCAUUCCAAACAAAGCCCAUGGGGAGAAAGAGGAAGUUGGAGAUGAGGCAGUGGAUGUUUAUGAUCAAUCGGACGACUGGCCUGAUCCUCCGCCUCCAGGCUUCUCAGAUCCCUCAUCGUUCACCAAGACUCAGAUCGACAAUCUUCUUGUGGACAUUCGAGGAGGUAAAUUACGUGGGACUAGAAUUGCCAAAUUUGGUGACCUGAAGUGGAAUAAACCUCAAGUGGUAGAUGAGAUGGUACGAGAGUUGGCUGCUGCGGUGGGGAUCGAUCAUCUGGUAAAUCCUGUAUCUGAAACACAUGAUUUUGUUAAUAAGGGUGUUGUACAUCUUGGAUAG